UUGUGCUAAGUGUUUUAUUAUUCACAAAGUGAUCCGUAGUUAUUCUGUGCAGUGUGUAGUAUGUUCAAGCUUCAACAAUCAACAAUAACAGCAACAUAUAAUCAUCAACUUGAUAUGUAACCAACGAUGCAGUGAUAUAUUUUUAUCAUUAAAUAAACUCUAUUAGUUAAUAUCUAAUACUCGUUGUUAAAAGUUAUUAUAAAAGUUCUGAAUGAAUUUAAUGAAUGUUAACGUUUUCCUCUUGAGGAAUUCGGAAGGAAUUGUCUUAAAUGGAAAACAAUUUGGUAACACCAAAUAAUUACGUUGAUUGCUGUCGUACGUGCUUAAAAAGAAAUCCUGACAAUAUGUUGGAUAUAUUUGAAGAACAGGAUUUGGUCAAUAUAUUGACCUCAUGCACUUCUAUACAAGUCCAAAAAGUAGAUUUAUUACCCAAGAAAAUAUGUAAAUCUUGCUAUGAGUGUCUAGUAACUUUUUAUAAAUUCAAAGAACUUGCCGAAGACAUAGAUCACCAGUUCAAAAAUAUGGCUUUUAAUAAACACUUAAGUGUACAAGAAAGGCCAGAAUCAAAUCUUAAACAAGUAUUUCCAGAUAGUGUUGCUGAAAAUAUUUGCAUACAUACAACUCCAGUAAAAUGUGAUGUUUGUAAUAAAGAAUAUAAGGGCAAAUCUAAUUUAGAACAACAUAUAAAGGAGCAUUCACCAGCGGCCUGUAAUAUCAAUGAGACAAAAUUGUAUAAUAAUCCAAUCAGACAAAGGAUUGACCAAAAUCUACUAUGUAGUGUAUGUAAAAUCUCAUUUAAAUCUAUAAACUCACUAUCAGCACAUAAACGUAAGCAUACAGAGAGAGGGCGUAUUUUGUCUUGUUACAAAUGUGGUAAAGUUUUUAAAAAAGUAAGUCAUUUGAAACGUCAUGAACUAAUACAUAAUGACAACCACCCUUAUAAGUGUUUUCUAUGCUCCAAAACAUUUCCCUUAGAAAGUCGCUAUAUGGAACAUAUAAAUGAACAUAAUGGAAUUAAAACUCACACAUGUGUGAUAUGUGCAAAGGCAUUCACACAUUUGUCAACAUUAAGAACUCAUUUAAAUAACCAUAUGAAGAAGACACAGAAUCUAUGCCCAACAUGUGGAAAGACCUUUGUUAGUAGUACUAAUUUGAGCCAGCAUAUGAAACGGCAUAAUGGGUUGAAGACUUUUGUAUGUACCUUGUGUGCUAAGCAGUUUGUUACUAAUGGCGAACUAAAAUCCCAUCUUAAAACACAUUCAGGAGAACCCGAGUGUGCUUGCGAUCAAUGUGGAGUCACAUUUACUAAGAGGAGUUCAUUAAACAAACAUAAACUCCGACAUCUUGGUAUAAGACCCUAUGAGUGUGAAACAUGUCCAAAGAAGUUUACAAGUAAAGGAGGUCUUAAGCGACACAUCCGAAUACAUACAGGCGAAAAACCAUACAGAUGUGAAAUUUGUAAUAAAGCAUAUACACAGAGCAAUGAUCUCGUAAAACAUACAAGAGCCCAUCUUGGAGAGAAAUUGUAUAAAUGUUCGCACUGUCCAGAAAUUUUUCGCCUACAAACCGAACUACGGCGUCACACAUCUCAACAUUUAAAUCAGAUUCAAGCGAACUAUUUAUACAAAGACAUGGAAGAGCGUUUAAUCAAUGAAAUAAAUAAAAAUGUAGAUACAAGUAUAGAAAGUUGAA